AUGAUUAUGAAAUUAAGAACAAAUUUCGUAAUUGCUUGUGGAGUCAAGCGAUUUCAUCAAAGGGCACGAAACAAAUCUCCUUCGGUUACAUCGGAAAAAGAAAAGAAGAAACCAAAGGAUAAAAAGAAAAAAGGUGAUUCGGGAUCCAGCAGUAGUGAUAGUAGUGGAAGAUUCAUACAUUACACCUGA